AAGUUUUCCGUAGAAAUAUAUAUCGGUCUCCGUCAUACAAUUAUAUCUUUAAUUAAUAUUUUGACUAGAGAUAAUACAGUCUUGACCAGGAGAGAAAUGCUAUAAUUGAUAUUUAAAUUGUAAUUACAGAUGGGAGUGUGAUUCGAUUAAACGUUAAAACGGAUUGCCAUACUCCGCUUCUCGGUCGCAUGCUCAGCUGAUCCAGUACGUCACGCUAAACCAGGAAGGAAACUGGUAUGGAAAGUAGUCGUGUAAAGUGCAAACUGACUGAUCAAAAUAUGACGUUCUAUCUUGGAUCCAUGACUUAUCUUUAGCUCAAUUUUGGCAAGCUCUCAAACGAUCCGCUAAUUGAUAUUGUAUUUGAUCAGUUAUCACCAUGUCUGACCACAACGACACCAGUCUCCAACCUUUGGAGCGUGUCCGUGUCCUCACUAAAAUGGGAAGUUCGGUCGACGUGAACGAGGAUGUGCCGCCCCGGCGAUACUUUCGAUCUGGUAUGGAGAUUAUCCGUAUGGCAAGUGUUUAUGCAGAUGAAGGGAACACGGAGCAUGCGUUCAUCCUCUACAAUAAAUAUAUAACGCUUUUCAUUGAAAAACUUCCCAAACAUCGAGACUACAAAACAGCCAAAAUACCUGAAAAAAAGGAAACCAUGAGGAAGCUGAAAGAGAUCGCAUUUCCAAAAGCUGAAGAACUGAAGAAGCUACUCUUAACACAAUAUGAUAAAGAUUAUGCAGAAUAUCUUGUGCGAAAAAAAGCAGAGGAGGAGGCCCACGCACGCGAGCUGGCCAGGCAGAGGCAGCUGGAGGCGGAGCGGCAGCAGCAGGCCCAGCACCAGCAGCGCCAGCGUGAGCAGGAGCAGGUGCUGGUCUUUGAGGAGAUGCUGCGCCGGCAAGAGCUGGAGCGCGAGCGGCAGCGCAUCCUGCAGGAGUUUGGCCCGCCCGUCGGCCCACCCGUCGCCCCCACCGCACCUUUGCCUUUCCUGGUGGAUGAUGACCAGGGACCACCCCAAGCCCUUAAUGUCAACCCAACACCCCCCCAGAGUCCUGAGAGCACCCCGAACCACACCUUCCCACCCGCCACCGCCCCAACGUUUGACCGUUCUCUGAAACCCGCAGUCCCAGUCAACUCUGGGAAUAGUCUGACCAUAGAUGGCAUACGGCAACUUGCAGUAAGCUCUGAAUUGUGCCAAAAGUUCCUUAAGUUAGCAGAUAGCAACACAGCCCGCGCAGUUGAGACCUGUGGCAUUCUUUGUGGCAAAUUGACCAAGAAUGCCUUCACAGUGACCCAUGUGAUCGUCCCCAAGCAGUCUGGGGGACCUGACUACUGUGACACAGAAAACGAGGAAGAGCUUUUCCUUAUCCAGGACCAGUACGACCUCAUCACCCUUGGCUGGAUCCAUACCCAUCCCACACAAACAGCAUUCCUGUCCAGUGUGGACCUUCACACCCAUUGCUCCUAUCAGAUGAUGUUACCGGAGUCCAUUGCCAUUGUCUGCUCUCCUAAAUUUAAAGAGACUGGCUAUUUCAGACUGACAGAUCAUGGAAUGACCGAAAUCUCUACCUGCAAACAAAAAGGAUUCCAUCCACACACCAAGGAGCCUCCAUUGUUUACAGAAAGCAGACAUGUCACCAUCACUGAUAUUGGUGUGACGGUGCUGGACUUGCGGUGAUGGUUCCUUUGUAGCCAUACUGCGUGCCUUCCUGCUUAACCACAUCAUGGCAACCUCAACUUACAAAGUGGCCUGAUGAUCUGUUUCCUCAUGGAUGGACACGAGGAUGGUUCUCUGGUGGCAAAAAAGCAUGGCCAAAUGUUUAAAUGCUUUUUUAUCAGAAGCCACACAGCAAAGUAUGAUUUUUUUUUUUGCGCAUUCCAUUUAAUUUAAGCCCAUAUGCUCAUGUUACAUAUUUAUUUAUCAGCUUCCUUUCCUUUUUCUCAUUCCUAUUCCCAUGGUAGAGUAAAAUAGUAAAACAUCUUAUUGAAGAAAGUUCAACAAAUCAAGGUUUUCUUUUUGGACUCCAAGAGAUUGUAGAGGUCAUACAGUAGGUAAAUAUUUGAUUCUUGUUCUCCCACAAUCAGUUGUCACCAAGAAUUCAAGCACUUGAUCAAUAUGCACGUAGACGGAAGGUCCGGACCUUGUUAACCUGAUACAAAUGAUGAUGAUGAUAAUAACUCUAAGUGUUCUGUACUGUGCAAUCCAGUCCAUGCAUUUCAGCUUUUAAGUUUGUAGUGGUGUACUGUCUGACAUUGUCGCUGAACUGUAUCAUUUGUUCCAAAGUAUGGGGAAAGUGCUCUGCUCAGAAAAAAAUGCAGAGGAAACACUUACACGAUAUUGACUGUGUGAUGAUGGCCAGUUUGGAGUGGUAAAUUAACAUUGUUCGCUGAUGGGAUUUGGUGUGUGCUGAUGGUAAAUUUCCAAUAGCACAGAUUAAAAGAGACUGGUGUUCAAUCAGAAACAAGGUUUUAUUCUUUACAAUGAUGUGCGUCAGGGGAGAGAGGAAAGUUUGACAUAGACUUGGCCAGAGACCUUUCUGAUUAAUUCUAUUUAAUUCCUAUCCUGAAUGUUUGACAGUGAUCUAUUGCAUAUAGAGUCAUUCAUAGGCUUAUUAUGGUCUGGAAAUAAAUCUAAGCUCCAGCACAGAUGUGAUUUUGAAGGUGUGUAUGCCACAAGAUUAAUGAAAUACAUAGCACUUGUCAAGUAUAGAUAAUGAUGGAUAAUGCGUGUUAAAACAAGUUAAUGAAAUAAUAGCAUUUUAUGCUGCAAAGGUUUCUUAUUUGAGUUACUUUUUUAUUGUUGGGAUCUAUCUUGUGGUGUCAUUGUACACUGUCACCCCUUAUAAAUCUUCUCUUGCACUGUAUCUUUAUUUCUUUUCUGUAAGUGUUGUAAUUGCUAUGUCUGAAGACAAUUAAAUAAAUUGUCCAAGUAG